AUGAAAAUUAAAAAAAUAAAAUUUAUUGUUUUAAGACCAAAAGACGUUCCGCAAUAUUUAGAAAUAGACAUCAAUUGUAACGACCAAAUUAAAAACAUAAAGAACAAAUAUUUUGAAGAAUAUAUAAAAAAUGACUUAAAUGUUAGAUUUAUAUAUAUGGGGAAAAUACUAGACGAUGUUAAGAAAUUAGAGGAUUACAUAAAUUUUUAUUAUAAAGAUUUAUUUUCAAAUAAUUCAAAUUUAAUAAAUAAAGAUAAUAAAAAUAUUUCUAGCAAAUUCAAAGAGAGGUGUAUACCCAUUAUCAUUCAUGUCAAAAUCACGGAAAAGCCGCUAAUGCCAAAAAAUGACAUCUUUGGCAAUAAGCCAAUAAAUGGGAUACUAUCCAAGCUAGCGCUAUUGACAUUCGUUUCUUUGCUUUGGGUGUACAGAUUUAAUUAUGUAGAUGGAUUUCCCAUAUUUUGUUUGAUAGUUUUAAUUAUAUUUACAAUUUUUAUAACAGCAACUUUGCUUUAUGGAUAUAUAAUUUUAUUUUUUCAAAUAUUAUUCAAAAUAUUUAUUACCGUAUUUUAUAAAAUAAAAGAAUAUACUAUACGUUUAUAUACAUAUAUUAGUGAAAAAGCAAAAGGGUUUUUAUUAAUUAGAAGCAUUACAAAUAAUAAUCCCAAUUAA